AAACUACUAUACAGAUCUCUUAGCAGACUUUAGCACAGAAUUUAAUUUUGAGCUCCAUCCCCUUACAUCUCUAAGGAGAGUCAUAAUUACUAACCAUCCAUCCGUACAGUAGCAAAGUGAAACCAAAAAAACAGGAGUUGCUCUAAGUCUGUGUGUCAAAAAUGAGUGAUGGUUCAUGAGGGCACGCUUAGAGGUCUCAUUUUCUUCCCCUUUGUAGCAAACUAAUGCAAGUCUUACAUGUUCUCGCAAUGUGCCUUCUUUCAUUUUUUAGUUCAAAAUACUACAAAGAUGCUUAUUUUCACCAUGACUGUAUGACCCCUGGUGUUAGCCCUGUUCUAAAUGGGCUGUUCUGCUGUGAAAACCACUGAGCUGCUGUUCCUGCCCCGCUCCAGAAAGUACACUCUUCAUCUUUGAUUGACAGUAAGAGGCAGUUGACCAUACGGCUACUGACACCAGGACUUUCUAUCACUUCCAACCUUCUCUUUGAGCAAUCUACAUGGACAUAUUGCUGAAUUCGAUAUUUUAUCAGUGCAGAGCAGCAGCCUGAGAAAAAGCUCUUAAGUCACUGCCGGUUAACAUGUUGCACUUUUUCAUACUCAUUCUAUUUUCUGAUGACAAAAACUGAAAAAUGUGUAAAUGAGAACAUUUUGGGAGGAUUAGGACUGAAUUGAAAUGCAGUAUAUGUGAGCACAGAGUGCAGGAGAGAAGCACACCGAUGUCAACACAGGUUGAGUUUAGGUUUCACUGAAGCACAACAGGUGACAUAAAAACAUAGUAACUCACCCAGUCCUUGUUUAUUAGUUCCUCAGAUGCUGGAAGUGCAUGAAGACUUUUCACAUCUUAACAGCUUUUAGUUGAAAAAUACCGCAAAAUACAAUAAUAUGGGUUUUUAUCACAUUGGAUCUUUAAGGUUCAGAAUAAGGUCUUAGGUUUGAGAUUUGUUUAUGGCUGAAAAGGACAAAAAUCCACCCAGAAUGCUUUAAAUUUUUGAACAGACGAUGUUUUUUGGGUUCCAGAGCACAUUUGGAUGUUUGAUGUUAUAUUCUUCUUAUUCUCACAGAUAACUUGCCAAGUAUAGGAUAAAGACAUGUCAUGCUGAGAUACAACAUGUUCAACUGGCAGAAUUCAGCGGCAGAAAUAUUUCCAAUGAAUCUUAAACUCCUGAUUGCAAUGAGUCAGCAUGGUAUUACUUGUAUUGUCCGCAAAUGUAAAAACAACAAUGCAUUUUUGGCCAUUUGAAGACAGUUAACAAUAGAAGGGGCUUGUCUAUGAAACUACACACAAACAGAAAACAUAAGAAAUGUUUUUACUUCAUCAAUCAUCAACAGUAAAUGUCCAGAUUUCAAAUUUGUCUCUCAAGGUCAGUUGAAGGCGCCCUUGUGGAAAACAGCAUUUUGCACUCACGUUCAGCUACAGAAACACACAGGCAGGGAUUUGUAGUGAGGUCUGUUUACGUACUGAUUGUAGCCUGAAAGUGGGGCAGUGUAUGAGUCCCCAAAUCUACAUGUGGAAAGUGAAAAAGCAGCGUUAGCAGCUCGCUCAUUGCCACCACUGAGGUGACCUUCAACCAGCAGCAUAUUAGGCUUACUUUGUCCCGCAUUAAGAGGAGCAGCGUAUCAAAUCACACAAAACUCUAAAAAUAUUUCAGAUCAUUUUCACUGUGCUACUUGAACCCAGCUGACUCAGUAAACAUCACUGCAAGUCAAACGUCAAAAUUGGACAGUGUGAAAAUUACACAGUUAAGCCUCAUCUUCCAGGUUUUUCAUUAGCCGCAAUUUGACCUUCUUUUGGUGAAUACCUAUUUUAAUCAAACCAGCAGAGACAAGCAAACUGUUUGAUCCAAUUGACUGGGCAGCUUCCAUGUAAGUGAGAACCAGACGUUCCUUAGAAAGAGCAGCGAUCUGUGUGAAACCUCUUCGUCUGCACGUUGAGUAUAAACUCACAGCCAGCUGGAACCAGGUCAAGUCCAUGAGGCAAAUGAUGGGGACACUCCAUUACAAUAUUACAGUAUGUUAUAUGUUGUAAGUACAUGGGGAAGAAAAAAAAAACACUUAUAGCUUACAAGAUGUUGAGUGGCUCAUUUAAUCUGCAGUCUGUAAACAGCUAAUGUGAACUUAAAAGAAUGGAGGACGCCCACUCUAGGAGGAUUCUUUUCCAUCUUUAUGCUCUCUCUGUUGACCCUCACAUAUGUGAAAGAAGAAAAACACACAGUUAUUCUUUGAAAAAUCUUUGAUGCUUCUUUGACUUUCUGCCGUUCCCCAGGACACACACUCACCUCCACUCAUGUGAGACCUCAGCCCGGCCUUCUGUCUAUUUCUGCUCUGGAUACUGUGCUGUGCUUCUCCUCGCUGCACCAACAUCAGCGUGGAGGAAGAUAGACUGCAGUGAUGUGGAGGAAGAAAAAACGCGUGUCGGCACAGUUAGAAAAGACCCAAAUAAUCCAGGGGUCAACCACACAACCAGGAAACAUAAUCAGUCUGGGAAAAUGUUAAUUCCGCCCACGGUGGAAUCAAGACUGUGUUUGCUGAAGCUCAUUCGCUGCUUGUUUGAUUUUGUGUAGUUUGGAUUUCUGCCAGGAGGAGGAUAAAAAAAAAACAAGGUAACCUCCACACUCACACAUAUUUCUGUCUUUUUUUUUUUCACUUUUACUGCUAAAGGAAGAGGCCUUUGAGGGAAGCAAGGUAUGAAUGCACGAGUCAGAUAGUUUCUUUAUUGCCAGUUCCAUCAACAUCAAUAAUCCAUGCUGUCCAUUUCAGCCUCUGAGAUAGAUUGAUGUCUUUCCAUUUGUCUGCGCCGUUUGGUUCUGUUCAGUGAACCGUCGCAGUGAGACAUCGAUCUGUGUUGCCUUUGCUUCAAUACCAACAUCUCAUUCCAUGAUUUCAACACUCAAUCCUGGUUUUUCAAUCAUGGCCUCCCGUGUACCUGUGCUCUAAUAUGUAAUCUCACCGAAUGUGAACAGAUGCAGCAGCUUUACAGUAAAACGGCCGCAUUUGUAAGCUGGAAGUGAUUUUUGUUAUUCAGGAGAAAUGCAUUUCUUUUGUGUGCCUUGUGGGUUUGUGGCGUUUUGCAUGUGCGUAUACACCUGUUGGGAUACAUGUGUGUGUUUUUGUAUGUGUGUAUAUCUGACUGUUCUUGGACAGAACGAGCUGAGGAACACGGAGAUGCUGUCGGCCGCCUGUGCGGUGGGUGUGGGCUGCUGUUUUGCUGCCCCUAUUGGAGGGGUGCUGUUCAGUAUUGAGGUCACGUCAACGUUUUUUGCGGUGAGAAACUACUGGAGGGGCUUCUUCGCUGCUACCUUCAGUGCUUUCAUAUUCAGAGUGCUCGCUGUGUGGAACCAGGAGGAAGAGACCAUCACUGCUCUCUUUAAGACCCGUUUCCGUCUGGACUUCCCGUUUGACCUUCAGGAGCUGCCGGCGUUCGCCAUCCUCGGGAUUGCCUGCGGUUUUGGUGGUGCUCUGUUUGUCUACCUGAACCGGCUGAUUGUCGAGUGCAUGAGGAAGCAGAAGACUAUUAACAAGUUCUUGCUGAGGAAUCCAUCUCUUCCUGUCAGGCGUCUGGUGUAUCCUGCACUCGUCACCCUGCUGGUCUCCACACUCACGUUCCCCCCGGGCUUCGGGCAGUUCAUGGCUGGACAGCUGACGCAACACGAGUCUCUGGUCGCUCUGUUCGACAAUCGCACAUGGUGCCGUCAGGGCGUGGCAGAGGAGUUCGACUACAUCAGCCACCAUCACGCCUGGAAACACCCCCAGGUCAACGUCUUCAUCACGCUCAUCCUCUUCAUCAUCAUGAAGUUUUGGAUGUCCGCUGUGGCUACCACGAUGCCUGUUCCAUGUGGGGCCUUCAUGCCAGUUUUUCUUAUCGGUGCAGCGUUUGGCAGACUUGUUGGAGAGAUCAUGGCAACCAUGUUUCCUGACGGCAUACAUGCCGAUGGCAGUGUGUAUCCCAUAGUUCCUGGUGGUUAUGCUGUAGUAGGUGCUGCAGCUCUAUCUGGUGCCGUCACCCACACUGUAUCCACAGCAGUCAUAGUGUUUGAGCUGACUGGUCAGAUCUCCCAUAUCUUGCCUGUGAUGAUCGCAGUUAUCCUGGCCAAUGCUGUGGCCCAGUCGCUCCAACCAUCCCUGUACGACUCCAUCAUUCGCAUCAAGAAACUUCCUUAUCUGCCUGAGCUGGGGAUGGGACAUCACGAGAAAUAUAAUAUCCGUGUGGAGGACAUCAUGGUCAGGGAUGUGCGCUUCAUCACUCUCAACUCCACCUACCGGGACCUACAGGAGAUGCUGCUGACUGGUCAGCUCAAAACACUGGCCCUGGUUGAAUCCAGAGACUCCAUGAUCCUCCUGGGCUCCAUAGAGCGACUUCAGCUCCAGUCUCUGCUGUCUCUUCAGCUGGGCCGCCAGCGGAGGCUCGAGUACCUCCGCCAGCUGGCCCAAGACAACGGCACCCAUGAUCACCUUCCCAGCCUGACCACCGACAGCACCCCCAGCUCGCCCUGCACCCACACCAACCUCAAUGCCUCGGCCAACGCCGGCGCUCGCCAAGGGGUCCGCUUCCUGGUGAGCACCCAACAGAUCUCCACAGAGGAGUCUUCCUCCUUCAGCCCAGUGGUUUCCAACGUUCAGCUUCCUCUGAAAUCCGCCUUGAAAACUGUGUCUGCCAUCAGUGACACAGAGACGCCAAAUAGCUCUCAGACCCUCUCCUGUGCUGACCAAGACAAGGAGCUGCUGGAGAGCCCGGCUGGGCCGGCUCCUCCUGAAAAAAGAAAGCCCAAGCCCAAACGAGUGAGGAUCUCCAUGGCGGAUUCCACUGAAGUGGAAGAUUGUAUGACUCCCUCAGAUAUAGCAGAGUGGGAGGAGCAGCAGCUCGAUGAGCCGGUGGAUUUCAAGAACUGCAAGAUUGAUCCUGCCCCCUUCCAGCUGGUGGAGCAAACAUCUCUGCAUAAGACUCACACCAUCUUCUCUUUGCUGGGUCUGGAUCACGCAUACGUGACCAGCAUGGGACGCCUGGUCGGAGUGGUUUCUCUGAAAGAGCUGCGUAAGGCCAUCGAGGGCUCCGUGACGGUGACCGGAGUGAAAGUGCGCCCUCCGCUGGCCAGUUUCCGAGACAGUGGAAACACCACAAGCGUAUCUGAGGUAACAGAACUGCACAAGCUGUGCAUCCGCCACAGGGGGCUCUCGUUGCCACGGGAACCCAACCCUCCUGAUGUGGAGGACCAGCCAGAUCUCCAGUACAAGGAGAUCCCCGUCAACUUCUCGGAGCAAACGAAUUUGCAGUUUGAAACCAGCCCCGGCGACACCACAAACCAGUCAUCGGAGCUGGGUCUCCAGGAAAGCCCCUCGUUCGCCGAGGACCAAUCAGAGUUUACUUUUGACUGCAGCCCCUCCCACACUGAGGAAUCAGAGCUGGCCUGUGACUAUGACCCCCCUACCCAAACCCCUGAGCCGGACGAAACAGAGCAAGAACAGGGGAGUCCUUCUCUGAACAAGGACCAGUCAGAACCUGAGGGAGAGGGUAGCAUCGCCCACACCGAGGAUCAAUCAGAAUGAUCUGAUCCAUACUGUCGCCUCAUGAAUGUUGACAUUUCUUACAUUUGUAGAGGUCACUCUCACCUCCAAGUCCAGCCUUGAUGCCUGUGUUUCUAGCGUUUGUUGUAGUCCGAGUGAGAGUGUGAGCAAAUGUCCGUUUGAAGGAUAAAGCUGGUUUUAUUUUAUGUCUUUAUUAUCAUCCAAAAAUCCCUUGGAAAGAUUCAAAUCAGCAACACAUCUCGACUUCACUCAUCUCUGAGGCUCAAAGCUGCAUUAGCCACUGCUCACGUCACACAUACGAAUCUCUGACUGAGAAGUUAGCAUCCAAGUUGCGUUGUGGGUAAUGUAGAUACCAGGUUUUAAUGAAGUGGCAUCCUCCGUUUAUUAAAAAUAAAGCCAGCGUGGAAGUGCAGUUCCACAAAUGGCCACUUGAGGCUGGCUUCAAAAGUGAGUCAGUCUCCAUAGACCCCCAUGUUAAAACGUCCAACUUCAAAGCAGAAAUAAAACCUGUUUACACCCUGGAAAAAAAUGUUUUUGGUCUCUAUAACUGAUUUCCCUGUUUGUGAUAACUAAAGGGGGGUGAAUGUUUAUAUAAUUCACCCAUUUAAUUUGUAUUCAGGCUUAAAAUGAUGCAUAAUUAAAGGCAUGGCACAGGAGAAUCCUUGUCUUGCCUCAGCCACAAGCCUUGGUUACAAGUGGAAAUUAGUCAGAGUUGGACACUGCCAAAAUGAUGACGGUCGACACACUGAGAUUCUAAACCGCUGUUCAGAAAACCUAUAGGAGACAUCACAGAGGGUUCAUCCAUCUUUAUGUAUAGUCAGUGGUUUUAAAAAGAACCAACACGGUCACAGCGGCGCAAUGCUACACUGGUGAAGAACCACUAUGUAGCCUAACGGGGUUUGAAAGCUCGUUCCUUGCCUCGGAAACAACUGUUUACAGACUUUUUCAUCACAAGGUCCCUUAAACAGCUGUUCUAGUGGUUUUCAGUCAUGAUGCUGCUCAGCAGGUGGAGUCUGCUCACUUGUUACUGUAGGUGGUCUAUGAUAAUAUCUCCAGAAAGGCUGAAAAUGUAGUUAUCAAGAUGAAGAACAACCUUAAACUGAGAAUUUGACAUAUUUGAAGGCUUGACAAUAUCUGCUAAAGGGACAUUUAGGUGACAGUCUUUUGUCAGUAUAGCUACAAUAAAAUCAAAUCCCAAGUAAUUUCCUCAAACAGGCGGGCACUGCAGAUUUGAGCAAACUUCACUAAAACAAGAGUAAAUAGCUUAUUUGUGUGAAACUACUUUCAGUUGUGGAUUGACACACAUUUUCACUCUAGUGUACUUACAGGACCAGAGUUGUGUAUGUGGAAUACCGUUCAUAUCUGUCAACUGUCAACCUCACGAUUAUAAUAGUGCAUAAUGUGAAAGAAUUUCCCAAAGCUGCUUGUUUUUCGGAAGUGUUACUGCAAUAGUAGUAAAUGUUGAAUCAGCUAUUUUAAGCUGCAGAUUUGUAGAUUAAGAGGAUACUGUACGUGGGAUUUGACUCAAAAAUAAACUGCGCUGCCCCUGUUUAUUGUAGAGGAGGAUAAAGUCAAGCAGCACUACACUGCUUGAACUGUGGGUCAUUGUAUUUUCUGUCAUUUUUGAAUAAUAAUGAAGGUUUAUGACUCACAGUACCUACUACUAAAACUAUAAGCUGCAAAAACGUCACAAGUUUGAACCUUUCCGGGGGAUUGUUGACAAUAAGAUCAUACAGAACAUCAGCAGCUUUAUCUUUUAUUUGUGUAUCUGUGUGUGUGUGUGCGAGACAAACUUUCCUUGCCAUGCUCAAAUCUGGUUUAGGCUCCUCAAUUUAAAUUGAGUCUUCAGGCCGAAACAACCCUCCUGUGAACAUGACGCCGAACAUUAUCAGGACACAAAUGAGUAAUAAUGGAGAAAUAAAAUAAAGAAAGCACAGAAGAACAAAGAAAUUACUCUAAUGAGCACAUAAUGGUACUUAUUUAAACAACUACCUAUUCUCUAGCGCUGGAAUAAUAUAUCAGAGGACCAGAAUAAAUGGCUUGUAAUAUUAAGGUAUAGUGCUGUUGGUUUAUGUGUCAGCUGAUAUGCAAUAAAUUUACAUCAAUAAUGCAGUAAAGGUGACGUUCACACUACAUUACUUAAAACGCUCUGCAGAUCUUGGCAGAGUUACAUGUCGCAGCACAUCAUUAUCAGUAUGUUUCAUUAUUUUACUAUUAAAUAUUAACUAUAUCCUCCCCAGAAAUCCACCGUCAGCUGGGAUCUAUUCACACAGUGAACAAAGGCAGCUUCCAAAGGUCCGCCAAGCUAAGGCAGGGCUCCAAAUACCAGUGAAGCACAUUGUAAUUACCAUGAAUAUAACUGACUGCACAUGUAGCCUCGUUUGGCUUUAGUGGGGCUGAUUCAAUAAGGGUGAUGUAGACCGUCGCUCUCAUCAUUUAUAUCUUCUGCAGUGUGAAUUUAGCGUGUUUCUAGCAUGAAAAAGGAACAACACACGAGCUCCGAGUUACAGGAAGAUACCGGCUGUUGUACAGAACACAAACACACACGCACACUUACACGCACACCUGUGCUGUACCGUAUGCGGCCUGUAAAUAUUUACACCACAAUAUGUUACACAAAUCUUUACGACCCAGCCUGGCCUCUAAUGCGAUGUUGAGAAAUGUAACUAGUGUAUGAAGCCCCAGUGACACCCACGAGUCCAACAACUGUUGUAGAGCAAAGUGUGUGUGCAAGUCCUUGUUCUGACCUUCAAAUGGAUGUAAGUGUUUUAGCCUCAUGCGACAAUUUUGAGCACACCAAGUCUGGUUUUUUUUUUUUGGUCUGUGUAAACUUUUUGUUUGCAUAUAGAAUGUGACGUAGUGCUCGCCCUAUAAGAUAAUGUAUAAGGAGUUAAAUGUAGAGAGUGUAUAAGCUAAUUUGCAGCGUAUCUAGUUAAGCAAUAAGUCUGUAGUAUCUCCCUUUAUAUGGCACUGGCCUGUAUAUGCUUUGUAUAUAUGGAAAUACAUGGAUGAGAGCUGCGUACACGCUAUUGUACAUAGGAGAAUUAUGCAUUUGAAAUCAACAGCCAUUGUUAUUUUUCAGAGGACAUGAAAUUGUUUUUGUACAUGAGUGAAUGAUUAAAUUUAAAGAAAAACACAUUUAAAAGAUA